UGAUGUAAUGUUAGCUCCGGCGAGGCGCUGCGAAGCUCGAUUCUAUCCUUGCGUGAUGGCGGACUAGAGAGCGCAGGACGGACCGCAGCGAUCUGCCUGCCAGCCGCUGGAGUUAGCACGCCCCGGAGAGAUUCCGGAAGAACACUAAGACAUAACCGCGGCGAUUUAUAUUCUUUUUUGCUUUGACCGAGGAAGAAGGAUUAAUUUCUACUUCAUUCUUUAAUCGCGCCACCAGUGCUACCAUCCGAAAUUUAGGAGGUUCUUGAGAUCCAGCAACAUUGGCUACCCGCAUGAGCCGCAUCAGUCUGGGAGAUGCCUAGGAAAAAGAGUCAGAACAUGGCAAGAUACAGAAAAUGUGAGGAACUUCAGCCUGUGGAGAGCUGGCAGUCCAGAGUGAGCGGAAUGAGCGCUCAGGAGGUGCCCCCCCCCGGGCAGGACCAGGGCGACGCUGGGUGCCCUCAGGGCGGCUCCUCCCCUGCAACGGUCAAGAGGGAGCCGGGCUCCGCCUCUUCCAGCAAUGGCCAAGUGGGGGACAGCAACUCUCUCCCUCCCCGCCUCCCUCAGGAGGGCUGGCAGGGCAGGGCCAGUGAAAAGAAUGCUCAGGAGGUGACCCCCGCCCCCGAGCAGGACCAGGGCGACUCCUCCCCUUCCCCAGCAAAGAGAAAGCAGAGAUCGACCACGUCCAGCAACGGCGGCGGCAGCAACUCGCCGGCUGAGAUAUGCGUGGUCCUCGGAGAGGCCUGCAGCUCUCUGAGACCGGGCUCCUAUGUGUGUGGGGUAUGUGGGAAAAAAUACAAGUACUACAACUGCUUUCAGACGCACGUCCGAGCUCACAGAGGUAACCCAGUUCCAGGAUUGGAGGUGCCUUCUGGAGAGGGAGGCUCCCAGGGACAGAACAACAGCUUUCGCUAUACCUGUGACAUCUGUGGGAAGAAGUACAAGUACUACAGCUGCUUCCAGGAGCACCGGGAUCUCCAUGCUGUUGAUGACCCCUAUGAACAGGUAGUCAUACCCGACCUGACGGAGGAGGAGCAGCAGGUGGAGUCCUAUAUGAAAAUGGGACCAAAAACGGGGAGCUACGUCUGUGAGUUCUGCGGGAAACAGUACAAGUACUUCAACCCCUACCAGGAGCAUGUGGCCCUGCAUGCCCCAAUACAGAGCGCUUUCUCCCGGAAGGUGGAAAGGAAAGUGCAAAGCAUUGGAGAUGGCAACAGCUCACUGAACUCCAGUGAGAGCGCUUUCUCUCGGAAGGUGGAAGGGAAAGUGCAAAGCAUUGGAGACGGCAACAACUCGCUGAACUCGAGCGGCACCAUAAGUCCUUUGGUGUCCACCACCUUCUCCAUUCUGCAGAAACCCUUCACUUGUGGAGCCUGUGGCAUCCAGUUCCAGUUCUGCAACAACCUGCUGGAGCACAUGCAGUCCCACGCUGCGGAUAACGAAAACCACUUAAAGGCAGACUCUCCCAAAUCAUCAGCUGCCCCCACACCCCCGGAACAGAUGUGGAAGUCCCCGCCCCCAGUCCAGAGAAACCACACCGCUAACCUGAGCAGCGUGUUACCUGAGAAGGAGCGGCAGCAGCUGGCGGAGCGGUUGCUACGGGUGAUGUGCGCGGACCUGGGCGCCCUGAAUGUGCUGGGAGGGAAGGACUUCCUGAAGCUGGCACAGACGCUGGUGGACACGGGUGCGAGGCACGGGGCCUACCCGCUGCGGGACGCCCUGGGAGAUGUGGGCACGCUGGCCCUGCGGCAGCUGCCCCGCAUGUACAACCAGGUGAAGGUGAAGGUGACCUGUGCUCUGGGCUCCAGCGCCUCGCCGGGCAUCGCCGUCACCUGCCACGCCCAGACGGCGGGGCCGGACGCCUGCUAUGUGCUGACAGCCCACCAGGCGGAGGGGGCGCGUCUGCGGCACUACGUCCUGGCCGUGCGGGAGCUGGACCCGCGGGACGGGGGCGAGCAGGUGCACCAGUGGGCGCAGAACGUGCUGUCGGAGUUCGUCAUGCCCGAGGUCCGCACGGUGUACGUGACGGAGCCGCGGGCGUGGGCGGGGCCCCCGUGCGGGCGUGCGGGGGCGUGUCUGCGCUGUGCCGGGUGCUCGCUGGGCGCCGUGGUGCAGGCUGUGCUGGGGAGGCGGAGCCUGCAGACGCGCGGCCUCCACGAGCUGGCGGAGCUGCUCGUCGCCUGCCGCGACAUCGCCGGGACGCCGGGCGUGUCCUGGGACGAGGACCCCGCCCCGGCCGCGCCCACGGCCCCGCCCGCACCCCCGCCCCCACCCUGCUGGGACCAGACCACAGAGGCCCUGCUGAGGGUGCACGAGCGCUUCGAGCAGAUCUGCGAAGCGUACGGGCGGAGCAAGGCCACCGCGCCCCUCCUGCAGGGCCUGAACAAGCACCUGCUGGGGACACUGGCGGCCCUGCUGGCCCCCAUGCGGCAGGCUGUGCUGGAGCUCAGCUCUGAGGGCCGCCCCACCCUGCAGCAGGUGCUGCCCGCCUACCUGCGUCUGGAGAAGCUCUUCACCGCCAAGGCCAGCGAGGCCGGCACCGGCAGCAAGCUCUGCCACUACUUUCUGGAGGCCCUGAAGGAGAAGUUUAAAGUGGAGCGCCCCCACCAGGUGGCGAUGGUGUUGGACCCCCAACUCAAGCUGCGGCCCAUCCCCGCCUACCAGCACGACGACAUCAUUGCCAAGGUGGUGGAGGCGGCGGCCGAGAUGAAGGAGGGCGGGGCCGGGUUCGGCGGGGAGGAUGCUGAUGGGGAGGGGCCCCCAGGGGGGAAGAGGGGCCGUCUGGACAGAGGGGGAGGCCAGGGGCGGGGCAGUGAGGACGAGCAGGAGGUCAGGAAGGAGGUGUUCCAGUACCUGUCGGAGCCGCUGUUCCACGCCACGCCCAACCUGUUCCAAUACUGGAGCUCGGUGAUGGAGAAGUACCCCAGGCUGGCCCGCCUGGCCCUGUGGCUGCUGGCGGUGCCCGCCAUGGGCGUGCGGGGUGAGUGCGCGGCCGUGUGCGAGCAGACCCUCGCCAUGAAGCGCAGGAAGCAGGUCACCGCCGACGACAUGAACAAACUCAUCUUCCUGAAGUCCAACAUGGCCUGAGACCAAGGGAGGGCGCGAGCCCUCACGCUCUAACCAAACACGGCAACGCAUCUGCCUUUAACAGCCGACGGGGAGGACAGUCCACAUGCAGCUGAGCUUUACUGGCUUCACACGACUACUCUAAAGCCACGCUGUCCACUCUGUGCAGCGUCUCUCACGGUUCAGACCUCUUCUCUCUUCUACUCCGGUCUAUAAGCUUCUGUUUGCGUGCGUCACCUGCACACAAACCUCUGCAGCUGCAUGUGGAACCUCGAAUCGGUUCGUGUCCCAGGGACGAGCAGGGAUCAGGGGAUCCACAGACGAGGGAGGACCGCUUCAACCUCACCGUACACGCACAGCGCAACGUACUUUAACAUCCAGAACACGGAGCGGUGAGAUUCAGAGGGCGGGGCGGUGGGUUACGGACUAAAAGAACUAUUUAAACAGAGAUGAUUGUAAGAGUGAAAGAACUGGAGGAGCACAGUGUAGGUCAGCAGCAGCGGGGGGUACAGGCGCACUUGCGUUUGAGGUUGAACUCUGGGCGCUGUAACCGAAGUGCAGGUGUCGUGAACUCUGUCAUUUGGAUCGGUCUUCGGGACAUUUGAAUCACCCAGUACUGCAAUGAACCCUGCAUUUCAAAGUGGAAUUUGUAAUGUUAUAAUGGCCUUGUUUUCCAUUGUUCCUCUAGUGGUUGACCUCAGUUUUUGUCCGUACAGCAUGAUUAGACUAACGGUGUGAUUGGUGGACAAUGGAAGGCCAGGUCUGGUUGCAUCUGGGGAAUUUCACCUUUUUUUGGUGUUGGACUUUAUUAUUUAUGCACGCCGGAUGACUUGAAGGUUGUGGGCGGUGCGCAGAUUGGGCGUGGUGCAGCAGGACGAUGCAGGCUCACCUGGGCUCCAGGUGUCGGAGCACGGGCUUCAGGUAGCCAUGUCAGCUUUCGGUGAGAUUCCAGCUCUCUCUUCUCUGGCGGCUCCCUGUAUGACAGCAUCGCACGCUAGAGACGGACUUCGUUUUUUUUUUUCUGAGAUUUUUUUUUUCUUAACCUGUUUGUGACUUCUUAACAAUAUCUCAGUCUUCCUGGGUCACUUCAUUGUGUGCUCAUUUUCAGAAAAUCCACAGCUAGCUAUAGACAACAAUACAGUUCUGUCUCUUCUCGUUGUGUAGAAUACUCCACAGUAGCAGAUAUUCCAAAGAAAUAUACAGAUGUGGCUCCACUGUUUCCUUCCCCCUCCUCAGUCAUGCACUGGAUUCUGUCUAAAGCUGCCUCGUGCUUCUGGAAGCUUCUUCUAGACUCGGUCUGCGUGUCACUUUGUUCAGGAACGUUGGUUCCAUUGCCUGUGUGUGAUUUGCUCUGAUAAAUUUCUCCCAGUCUCCACGCCACCAAAACGGGUCCCCAUGUAGCCACCUCUGCUCUGAACACUCAUCUACCUGCGGGAUGGUGAGACAUAGCCACAAUCAGGAGUUCUCAUGCCUAGAUGUGAACACAGAGGCCUGGAUUCAGAGUAACUGGAGCACACUCAUCAGACCUGAUCAAACCUGAUCAAACCUGAUCAGACCUGAUCAGACCUGAUCAAACACUCCUCGGUUCUUUUAUCUGUUCAGAAGGAAACUUAAAACGGCCUUAGUGUCAGUUUUUUAUUCGUAAAUUUUAUUAACUGGCAGUGUAUGUAUCUUGUAUAUC